AUCAAUUCGCGUGCGAGUCCUCCAUCAGUUUGCGCACGCGCCGCGUCCGUCCGCGGAAGAUACGCGCCAAUAGAUUUCCAAACCGGAAGAAUUCAAAAUGUCAAUCUAGUAGAUAAUGAAGGGCUUCUGUUUAAAUAAGUUAGAACCUUACGACGCGGUGUAUUGGUGGCUUUGUAGUUCAAAAAUUCCAAAAAGAAAAAAAAAACCCCAAAGUGAUCGUCCUUAGUCGGCGAAGUUUUUUUUUUUACCAUGAUGCACCGCGCCGCUUCUCCACCUGUAAUGGGCGUGGUUUGCAAUGACAAAAGAGGGCCGUGGCUAGACAAGCAGCGACUAAUUUCGAUGAACACCAGGAAGUGAAUGAACCAAGUUGGGCUAGCUUAACUUUUAGUUAUUUUCCCAUGAAAAUAACACCUUAUUACUACAAAUUGAGUUUCCCCUAGUCAUAGAUUAUCAUCACAUUUAAAAAGCACAGACUGUAUCUUUUGCUUCCGACAAGGGUGUUGACGGAAAGUUAGUAGUGUUGAUAUUACACGGACUGCUGAACAUGAUGGAACAAAGACAAAAUGGACAACAUUGCUUCAUGGUCUUGUCCAUACACAUCCAAGUAAGUUUAGCUAACAUUAGCACGGUUGCCCAAGUGUCACGGGGCCAUUUCCCGCCCCAUUUUCUGAAUGCAACCCCUGGUUCAUGUAGACAUUUAAAAACAACACGAAGCGAGGCACCAAAACCUUUACUAUCAUACAAUUCUAAAAUAGUGUAUUGUACUCUUUUUUUAUAUAAAAAAAAGACUCGCAAGCCUUUAAAAUAUAUUUGGUAAGUAAUACUCAUUAGUGUGUCAAACAAGUAGUUUUAAAAUACAUUUUGCGUAGUGAGACAUUAGAACAAAUAAGUGGACGAAGUUGUGUCAUUGAACUGCUGAGCAUGAAGAACCAUUACUUACCACUAGGGGUCACUGUUAGCGCAUUACUACGCCUUUCUGAAAGCGUGCUCUGGGCGCAAGCGCAGUCGUGCUGAUUGGAGUGUCAAGCAGAGGUGGAGAAGUUUUCACAUUCGUUCAAUGGGCAGAACUGCACCAGAACAUCACAGCUGGGAAGUCAGGAUGUGAGCACCCCCUCCUCCACCUGGGAGGAGGCACUUCCUGCGGCACCAAAAGCAGGAUGAAGAUCGCCAAGUGAACAUCUGAUCAGAAUGAUAUCAUCUGUCUCCGCCCCACCCUUCCUCCUCCCCCUUUUCUUCAUUUUGUUCUUGGGGCACCAGCAUCACAUUGCCACCCGGCUCUGGUGGCUCCGCCUCCUCAUGUCCAUCUGCUUGUGGUCAGAUGAAGAGGUGCUGAAGGUGAUGGCCUCUCAUCAACACUUCCACCCACACUCCAUCAAAAUCCCGGGAGACAUCACCCUGGGUGGCCUGUUUCCCAUCCACGCCCGCGGACCCCAUGGUCUGCCCUGCGGUGAGCUCAAGAAGGAGAAGGGUAUCCACCGCAUGGAAGCCAUGUUGUACGCUUUGGACCAAAUCAACAGCGACCCCGACUUGUUGCCCAACAUCACCUUGGGUGCCCGCAUCCUGGACACAUGCUCCAGGGACACGUAUGCCCUGGAACAGUCCCUGACCUUCGUCCAGGCCCUGAUCCAGAAGGACACGUCUGACAUCCGCUGCUCCAACGGAGAACCGCCAGUCAUCCGAAAACCAGAGCGUGUGGUGGCGGUUGUUGGCGCCUCAGCCAGCUCUGUGUCCAUCAUGGUGGCCAACAUACUGCGUCUCUUUGAGAUCCCUCAAGUGAGCUACGCGUCGACUGCUCCGGAACUGAGCGACAACAACCGCUACGACUUCUUCUCUCGAGUGGUUCCUCCAGACUCGUACCAGGCUCAGGCCAUGCUGGACAUUGUCAAAGCCCUCGGUUGGAACUAUGUGUCCACGCUGGCCUCUGAGGGAAACUAUGGUGAGAGCGGAGUGGAUGCCUUCAUGCAGAUCUCCAGAGAAGCUGGUGGGGUGUGUAUUGCCCAAUCGGUGAAGAUCCCACGUGAACCGACGGACGGUGAGUUUGACAAGAUCAUCAAGCGUCUGAUGGAGACGAGCAACGCCAGAGGAGUCAUCAUCUUUGCAAAUGAGGACGACAUCAAACAGGUCCUUGAAGCAGCCAAGCGUGCUAACCUGACGGGUCACUUCCUGUUUGUGGGCUCUGACAGCUGGGGGGCAAAGAGCUCACCAAUCAUGGAGCUAGAGGACAUGGCAGAGGGUGCGGUGACCAUCCUGCCAAAACGAGCGUCGAUAGACGGCUUUGAUCAAUACUUCAUGUCACGCUCUCUGGAGAACAACCGCAGGAACAUCUGGUUCAACGAAUUCUGGGAAGACGACUUCCGGUGUAAACUCACCCGUCCUGGUGUCAAAGUGGACCCUGGCAAAAAAAAGUGCACAGGCCAGGAGAGAAUUGGCCUGGACUCUUCUUACGAACAGGAAGGGAAGGUCCAAUUUGUGAUCGAUGCCGUCUAUGCUGUCGCUUACGCUCUGCACAGCAUGCAGCAGAACCUUUGCAGCUCCUCCUCAGGAAUUUGUAGCCACAUGGAUCCGGUGGAGGGUCGCGCUCUGCUCGACUACAUCCGAGCCGUCAAUUUCAACGGAAGUGCAGGCACCAGUGUUCUCUUCAAUGAGAACGGAGAUGCUCCAGGUCGCUACGACAUCUUCCAGUUCCAGAUGACCAACCACAGUCACCCUGGCUACCAUGUCAUUGGCCAGUGGACCAAUAACCUGCGUCUUAACCUAGAAGAGAUGCAGUGGUCCGGAGGAGAUAAAUCACUUCCAGACUCCAUUUGUAGUUUUCCCUGUAAGCCAGGAGAGAGGAAGAAGAUGGUGAAUGGGGUCCCGUGCUGCUGGCACUGUGAGCUCUGCGAUGGUUACCACUACCAACUGGAUGAGUUCACCUGUGAGAUGUGUCCAUCAGACAUGCGGCCGGUUCCCAACAGAACCGCCUGUCGUCCGACUCCGAUCAUAAAACUGGAGUGGAACUCCCCUUGGGCCUUAGUGCCGGCCGCUCUUUCCAUGCUUGGUAUCCUAGCAACCAGCACGGUUGUCAUCACUUUCAUCCGCUUCAAUGACACGCCCAUAGUGAGAGCGGCUGGGCGAGAACUCAGCUACGUUUUACUGACAGGAAUCUUCCUGAUCUACUUGAUCACUUUCCUGAUGAUUGCCGAGCCAGGCGUGGUGGUUUGUGCGUUCCGGCGCCUCCUGCUGGGCCUCGGCAUGGCCAUCACCUAUUCGGCCAUGCUGACCAAAACCAACCGCAUCUAUCGAAUAUUUGAACAGGGCAAGAAGUCUGUCACACCGCCCAAAUUCAUCAGCCCCACGUCCCAGCUGCUUAUCACCUUCAUCCUCAUCUCUGUCCAGGUAUUUGGUGUGUUUGUGUGGUUUGCUGUCGUUCCACCUCACACCAUUGUCGAUUAUAACGAGCUCCGCCCUCCGAACCCUGACCUGGCUAGAGGAAUUCUCAAGUGUGACAUGUCUGAUCUGUCACUCAUCUACUGCCUGAGCUACAGUAUCAUUCUCAUGGUAACGUGCACCGUGUAUGCCGUUAAAAGCCGCAAAGUCCCAGAGACGUUUAACGAGGCAAAGCCAAUUGGCUUCGCCAUGUACACCACCUGUAUCGUCUGGCUGGCCUUUGUGCCAAUCUUCUUUGGUACAGCCCAGUCAACAGAAAAGAUGUUCAUCCAGACAGCCACUUUGACCGUAUCCAUGACUCUCAGUGCGUCCGUCUCCCUCGGGAUGCUCUACAUUCCUAAAGUCUACGUGAUCCUCUUUCACCCCGAGCAGAACAUUCCCAAGAGGAAACGAAGCUUCAAGCUGACACUUGUUUGGCAGGGUGUGGUCCAGGCUGCUCACUUGUCUCACAAAUCCCUCAAGGAGGAACAGAAUGGAAAGACCAACUUUGAGCCAGACAGAAUGCAGUAAACGCGUGUCGCCCUUCAGCAUGAAGGACGCCACUUGACCGACCCCGGCACACCAGCUGAUGGCGUUAUCAUCGUGACCAUCAUGAUGCUUCUCUUCCUGCAUUGUUUUCCUGAUCUUCUUCCCUGCUUGUUUUUCUUCUGGGUGUUAGUGGUUGACGCUGCUUUAAAACAGUGUUUCACAACUUAUAUUGAGCCGAGGCACAUGUUUUAUAUUACAAAAAUAUUACAAAUAUGUCACAAGUAUACAGUAUAUCAUAAAUUGACUUACUCUUUGUGAAAUCUAAUCUUUAGUUCAUUCAUUCUUCUUGUCCUCAUUAAGGUGACUGAUGUGCUGGAGUUCAUCCCAGCUGACUUGAAAUUUGGAGUACAGUAUGGAAUGGUUCCCAGCCAAUCACAGGGCCCAAUAAUAUGCAUUUUAAGAUGGAGGAGGAAGCCGGAGUACCCGGAGAAAACCCACACAAGCGUACUCUCCUUGCUGUCCUGCCUGCAAGGUAAAAACAUGCUGACCACUGCUGCACCGCGCAGCAACAUAAACAUUUGCAUGAAAUAAUUAUGUGCCGUGGCGCAGUAGUUAUGAAUCACUGCUUUAAAGGAAAUAAGUGGUUGACUGAUCUUCUUGGACAUUUAUUCACUACUGUAGAAUCAGUUCUUAGCAACCGAGCAUCCACCGGGUGGCGGCAGAACUCCUGGAAUAUUUCCUACAAUGUGGUUAAAACUGAAGCAGUCAUUUUGUAAAAUAUGUUUUAAUUUAUUAAGAUGAUUCUGACUGACGUUGACGUGAUAUUUAUUAUGUUCAUGUACAAGCAACCAGACCGGUGUGAUUAAAAACAAACUGGCCUGCUGCGCUUUACCAAAAAACAAUAGCAUAAUGUCAUGUGACUGAUCAUAAUGACAUCACCAUCGAGUCCUCAGGUCCAUGUAAGAAGUUCAAAGAUAAUCCCCUCUGUGUUACUUUCUCUUUUGAACCAGCGUCCAUCCGUCUUCAUCUUGAGGAGGAUGAUUUGUUGUGUUGACUGAAGUGGUGUCACACUCCAUGGCCUACACACACACACACACACACACUUGGCUUAAUCACACAAUACUAGAACCAUAGGUAUGUUUUGUGUGUGUGUGGUUGCACCUGCGUCUCCGCAUCACUCUCUGAGUCUGACUGUGUAGGCGGGGCUGUGACCUUUGCCCUGGAUGUCUUAUUCUGGGUCAGGGACUGGAUGGAUUGCGUGAGCUCUUGCAGCGCCCCCUGCUGCCACUGACCAAACAUCUGCAUCAGUCUAACACAAACCUGAGGACAUGAAAGCUGUUAUAAGGCGACGAGUGGCGGUAAAUACAGAGCUGCGGUAUCACAUUUUCAGGAUCGGAAUCAUAAUAAAACAAUGUAAUUGUUUAUAAUAAAAUACAAUUAUGAUGAUGAUGUGUGUACUUGAGGUAAACUGCCGUCAUCCACCACGGUGUCAAACUCCUGAUCCAUGAGGGUGGCGAUGUAAUCUUCAACUUCAAACUGCUGAAGGUCAGCUGAUAAUGCACACACACAGCAAAAGAAUGGACCCUCGUCAGGAGCAGUGCAAGGUAACAAAGUGAAAGUUAGGAGGGAAAAAAAAUUAUUUUAUAAGAACACAGCAUGUUGCGUAAUCGUGUACACAUUGUGGCUAAAUAUAUAUUGCUAAAUUUGUGUCAAAGUGAAAGUUUUGCUUGAAAUGUUUUCACAAAUGCCUUUUCUCUCCUUUUUUAUUUGAAGAGCUUGCAACCAAAAGGCGCUAAAUCCAAUUUUCACUAAUUUGCAUGUUUUUCAUGAGUUUAAUAGACCUCUGUCAUGUGUAUCCAAAUCACAUAUUUUUGUCUUGAAAUCAUUUAAAAAAAUAUGAAAAAAAGUGAUUUAUGCUUUCAACCAAAAGGCGCUAUUUCCAUUUCAGAUUUCAACCAAAAGGAGCUAAAUCCCUUUCUUUAUUCUGAUUGGCCCAAGUUUCCCAUCUAUUGAUAAUCUGACCAAUCAGAGAGAAGAAUACAAUUGGCACUGCACAUACAGAAAGCCAGUAUCAGUGCGCAUUCUGUUUUGUUUGUGUACAUUUUGAUCAAAUACGAAGUCGCAAAAAUACUGCAAUUUAUACAAUCCUAGUGCAGUUUUACCAUGAAUGAGCUGGCUGAUAUAACAAAUAACCCAAGGAAAAGACAGAAGAAUGAAGGAGAAUGGAAGAAAAACAAGGCUAAAAGGAGAUCAAAUAGCGGUGAAGGUGAGUUGAAAUUUUGUGUUUGAUUCAGUCCCAUAUGUGCCAUUUGGUGUUAGGGAAUUAAUGUGCUUGUGGCUGUAUGUUGAUGUGAACAUGAAAAUAAGAGAUAUUCUUGGAUGUUUAAUUUUCUAUUGUUGAAAUUAAUGACAUUUAAAAUUUUAUCAGUAACAGUGUACUAGUGGUAGGUUAUAACAUUUGGUUUCUGUAAUGUGUGAAGGUGAA